AGGAGAAAUAAACUUGUAAUCAUGGAGAUUUUGGGAUUCGAAGUCCCCUUGUGGACAAUUUUGUUGACCGUAUUCGGAAUUUGGCUCUACAAGUUCUUGUAUUCCGGAUUCGACGUUUUCGCCAAACGAGGAAUACGAACAGUCAAGCCGAUUUACCCCUUCGUUGGCAACCUGUGGGGGAUUUGGAAAAAGGACAUACGCAAGUGGCAAGAGGAAAACGUGAGGCGAUACGGCAAAUUCUUCGGAUUUUAUGACGGGAAAACGCCCUUGCUUUAUGUCAGUGACCCGGAAGUUAUCAAGGAGAUUUUCGUGAAAAAGUUCGAUUGUUUUGCCGACCACAAGCUAUUCUCAUUCGGCCUUGAUCAGAACAAGUACAUCAGGAAAUUUCUCUUUGUCAUCAAUGGGGAAGGUUGGAAAGAAGCAAGAAGCGCUGUUACUCCAGCUUUUUCAAGUGGCAAAAUCAAGAAGAUGUCCUCCAUCAUGGUGGAAUGCUGCGACAGAAUGGUUGAAAGUUCUCGGUCCGUCACCAAAGGAUCAGGAAUCAUCGAACUGAAAGACUUUUUUGGCAAAGUUACUUUGGACGUGAUUGCGAGAUGUGCUUUCGGGACAAAAUUGGACAACUUGGACGACCCCAAUAAUCCAUUUGCAGUCAACAGCGCCAAAGCCUUUCGACCAUCUUUGUUUGACAGCGGUUGGAGUCUCAUUCCAGAGCUGUUUCCGUGGACGCAGAUUUUCGGGCUAGAGGCUUUGAUAAGCAGAGAUUCAAUCGAGUUUUUCGUCAAGACAGUAGAAGAGGUCAUAAAAUCAAGGAAAGCGGACGGUUCUAUUGGCAAACGUGGGGAUUUCCUCGACGUACUCCUUGAAGAAGCUGAAGCAGAAAAGGCAAACAGGGCAAAAGAUCCGAAUGCAAAAAUCGUCUUGGACGAAGAAGUUCUCAUUUCGCAAUGCGUCACAUUUUUCGCAGCAGGUUACGACACUGUUGGAACUCAACUUGCGAUGGCUGGACAUUACUUGGCAUUGUAUCCCGAGUGCCAAGAAAAGCUCCACGAAGAACUGAAAAUCGAACGAGGCUGUACAAAAUCUUGCGAAAUCAAAGGACUAAAAUUCGAAAGGGGUGACACGGUUGUCUUUCCCAUGUGGACCAUUCAUCACACUGAGGAAUAUCAUCCUGAUCCGAACACAUUUGACCCGGAAAGGUUCGCCCCGGAAAACAAAUCAAAACUGGUCCCGUACACGUACUUCCCCUUUGGACAAGGACCAAGAAUUUGCAUCGGAAUGCGGUUCGCCUCAGAGCAAUCGAAACUAAGCUUGGGUCACUUGAUACUGUCUUUCAAACUGUCCAGAUGUUCUAAAACGAGCCAUCCACCAAAAUAUGAAGGAAACCGCAUCAUUUCAAUGCCCAAGGACUUGUUUGUCAAGAUUGAAGAGCGCGUGGAAGAAUAAGCAUUAUUUUUGCUGUCAACUUUUUCUGAUUAUCUAUAUAUAGAACUUUAGAUAUUGCACAAAAA